UCUCCGCUCUAGUUAGCGCCUCGUCCAUGAUCUUUGAUUCUGGACAUUCUGGUGUGCAUUCGCCCAAUUCGCCAACCAUUCGCGGCGAUUCACGACGAAGUGUGUUGCCGCUGGUUCCUUUUAUCGGCUGGUUUCGACACAGGCAGGUUACACAAGGAAACUGCAGUAACGAGAUGCAUUCGACCUGUGCCGUGCGAUAUGCUUUCCGAUUAACACUGAAUCAGGCAGCCAGUCCAGCUUUAUACAGAGCUAGGAGUUUCGAUCGUGGCACAGCGAGAUCUGCAAUCUUCCUCGCGGCCGUUGGAUUAUCUAUGAGCAUGUUCUCGCUGGUACAGAUGCAAUUGUCCCACCAUGCACCGAUGCGUCGUCUGCAAAAACCUUAGGAAUUCAAUAGAUUGCAAUUCACCAACAACCAAAAUCAACUGUCAACUUGAAGAAACAAAUCCAUCGAUCAUGAAAACACGUCUUCGCGACAGUUCAUAGUGGACAACGCUUUUUUUUUAAGUCAAUAAUGCGGCGUAUGUCGGGUUGAGCUAUAAUCUCUAGAAUGAGAGUUUGCGAUUUGUACACACCUGUGCUGUAUUAAGUGAUCUGCAAUUCCGUACAAAUUUUGCGGCAUGCUGCCUUAUUAUAGCGCGAACAAUUCGUACGUUUGAAGAAACAUGUCCUCGAUUCGCAGACGCGCAUACAAGACCGCGCGCUUCAGUCACGUGGAAUUCAGUACUUGGUACAGACAGAGAAUACAAACGUAGUGGGGGCUUUCGUUGAGAAGCCAAUAACAUCGGCUUCGAGCGAGACACGUACGCUUCGUGUACGUAUUAAUGCAAUAGCUUUCUCUCCCUAAAAACGAUAGAUCAUCACGCCAAAAGGAAGAGAUAUUCUAGUCGUGCGAGUAAAUGGUACGGCGUACGUAUUCUUGCACAAAAUCUUUCUCGGGAAAAACUUUUGCUGGUAAUUAAUAUAUCAUAAAAUAGAGACUGCUUCUGUUAGUUUGCAUCAAGAUUUAGCUUAGUUUAUUCGAUUAUUUUCGAAAAUAGUUCCUUUUGAUGCACACUGGCAAUUGUUGAUGCAAUAUUACCUGAUUUUAUGAUAUAUUACCUAUCUUUGAUAUUAAAUAGAAAGUGAUUUAAGGGACAAAUUAUAUCAAAUUCAUGCAACCGAUAUGUAAACAAUCAAUUGUGAAAAUAGUAUAGACCAGGUUGCUUCUAAAUUUUUGAUAUACUACGAAUUAGAAUUAAAUUGUUUGUGUCAUUAUAAAAUCUUGUCAUCGUCACGUUUGAAAGCAGGGAAUCUUAUAAAUUAGUUCUAAUCAAAAGUUUUCCUUGGAAAGACAGCAAACUGCGUACACAAGCGCGAGCCAAAGAGUUUCGCCGAGCGGAAAUGAGUCCGCGAAUUUAGUUGAAGAUUUUAAUGUUAUUAGUUAGAAUCAAAUCGUAACUUAACGUGCAGUUUAUCUGUAUCUUCAAAUAUCUGAGAAUGCUCACCCCGCCUUCGUCACUGUAAAGUCGCACCGAAUUACUGCCGUUUGAAUCUGAAGAAAUAUAAACGGCACGUCGCGUAGAUUAUAAUUUUUCUCACUGCAUCGUACAUAUUACCGUAGUUGCUCUUCGCAAAUCUCCCCACAAGACAAUUGUCCGAAAUCGAUAAAACCUUCAGUAUUUUUGACAAAUUAAAAUGAUAUUCUAGUGAAACUUUUCCUUCUCGCUAUUCGAUAUUACUUUUUAUUACGCGACAAAUACACUACCGUGCUAUAAUUGCUACAAAAGAAAUAUAUAUGUAUAUUUGUGUCGACAUUUUACAAAUCUGUGUAUUAGGAUAUAUUGGUGCCAUUUCGGAGCAUUUGUAAGAUUGAUCAUUGUUUUUAAUAAAACGUUGAUUGAAUUAGCUA